GGCAACAAAGAAUCAAAUGAGAGGAAGACAAGCUGCGAACCGAGUCCUGACUGCCAGAUGGGAGCGGAUGAAAACACAGUGAGAUGAGUCAGAAAAUGGCCAAGGAGGGCCCCAGGCUCUCCAAGAACCAGAAGUUCUCAGAGCACUUCAGCAUCCACUGUUGCCCACCCUUCACCUUCCUCAACUCCAAGCGUGAGAUCGUGGACCGCAAGUACAGCAUCUGCAAGAGCGGUUGCUUUUACCAGAAGAAGGAGGAAGACUGGAUUUGCUGCGCCUGCCAGAAGAGCAGCCGCCGUGCCACGUCCCCUCAGAGGCCCAAGCACCAGCCAGCUGCGUCCCCCGUGGUGGUCAGAGCGCCGCCAGCCAAGCCAAAGUCCCCUCCGAGGCCAGCCAAGCCAAGGUCUCCUCCGAGGCCAGCCAAGCCAAGGUCCCCUUCAAGGACUGAGCGCCAGCCACGUCCCCGCCCAGAGGUCCGACCACCACCAGCCAAGCAGAAGCCCCCUCAGAAGUCUAAGCAGCCAGCAAGCAGCAGCCCCUUCAGAGGGCCAGGCACCAGCCGCGGGGGUUCUCCCACCAGAGCUGCUAGGUUCUGGUAACACCAUCUCUUGCCUAUUGUCCCCCCCUAGCCCAAGGUCAGUAGCUGCUCUCGGCAAGUACUAACACGGGGAUCUCUCCACAAUACCAAGCCUAUGUAAUCCACACCCUGAAUUAAACCCCCUCUGUUUGAAAGACCUGGCGUGGCUUCUGUUUUUCCAGAUGUUACUGGUCCUCACUUCAGAUGGCUGUGUCUGUGCCAAUCCACAGGACUACGAGCAUAGUAUUGACCACAGUGGCAGGCUGAGUGUAUGAACCUCCUUAACCUCCUUGUGCCUCAGAGAGGCGUAGUGGUAACUCUGGUGAGCUCUGUCUAUGCAUGUGUGAAAUGAGAGGUCCUGACGCUCUGUUUGCUGACCUUCCUGACGCAUUUCAUUAGAUAUCUGUUUGCUCAGUCAGCCACUCAGCAAACUGUACUGCCUUAUAGAUAAUAAGGUUCUAUAUGCUGUACCGGGGAGAAGAAUAUCACUUGUGAUUUCCGAGUACCCAGAAGAGACAAGUUGGCCCUGGUGUGCAGAGUAAACCCUCCAGUACUGCCGUGCUCGGAUGUAUACGCCCAUGGGAGUCCUCAAUGGGGACUUUCCAGCUCUGCCGUGGGAACCUGCGGCUUCACAGAGAAAAUUAGGUUGGGGUGGGCAAACUGGAGAAGGAUGGCUAGAGAGGCACUUACCCAUCUGCUCUGCCUUAGGGUAGACCAGUUUCUUUUCUUCUUUUUGAGAUAGAGACUCACACUGUAGUUCAGGCUAGCCCAGAUCUUACUCUGUUUCUAAGGUUGACUUCAAACUUAUAAAAAUCCUAUUGCUUUAAACUCCUAAAAAUGCUUGGAUUAAAGGUGUGAACU